CAACCCCUCUCCCGGUACCCCCCGCCCCUCCCGCGGCUGCCGAGCUGGGUGUGCCAGGGCAGCCCGGAGCGGCAGCGGGGUGGCUGUGACUUCGUGUGCAGGGGUCCGGCAUGGCACCGCUCCGCCCUUCGAGCGGGGACUGCUGGCCGUAGGUGCAGCGGGCUGCCCGGUUGACCAGUGGAUGAGAAAGCACCACUUUUCCCCUGUGCUACAACAUCCCAGCCCUCCCUGAUUCUGGAAAAGCGGAUGUCUGACCAUCCUAUAGGCAUGGCUCACUUGAGAGAAUUUGCCAGCCAGCACUCCAGGGUUGAUCCCGAGGAACUGUUCACCAAACUGGAGCGGAUUGGCAAAGGAUCAUUCGGUGAAGUGUAUAAAGGGAUCGACAAUCGCACCAAGGAGGUGGUUGCUAUCAAGAUCAUUGAUCUGGAAGAGGCUGAGGAUGAAAUUGAGGACAUUCAGCAGGAGAUUACAGUGCUCAGCCAGUGUGAUAGUCCCUACAUCACCCGGUACUAUGGCUCCUACUUGAAGGGCACUAAGCUCUGGAUAAUUAUGGAGUACCUGGGAGGAGGUUCAGCCCUGGAUUUGCUGAAGCCAGGACCCCUGGAGGAGACUUACAUAGCUACUAUCCUGAGAGAAAUCCUAAAGGGUUUAGAUUAUCUGCAUUCUGAGAGGAAGAUCCACAGGGACAUCAAAGCUGCCAAUGUGCUACUUUCGGAACAAGGAGAUGUGAAACUGGCUGAUUUCGGGGUGGCUGGACAGCUGACAGACACACAAAUCAAGAGAAACACCUUUGUUGGAACUCCAUUCUGGAUGGCACCAGAGGUCAUCAAACAGUCUGCUUAUGACUUCAAGGCAGACAUCUGGUCCCUUGGAAUUACAGCCAUUGAACUAGCAAAGGGAGAGCCUCCAAAUUCCGACUUGCAUCCUAUGAGGGUUCUCUUCCUAAUCCCCAAAAAUAACCCUCCAACUCUUGAGGGUCACCACAGCAAGCCCUUCAAGGAGUUUGUGGAAGCCUGCCUCAACAAGGAUCCUAGAUUUAGGCCAACAGCUAAAGAAUUGCUAAAGCACAAGUUCAUCACACGCUACACCAAGAAAACCUCAUUCCUAAUGGAGCUGAUAGAUCGAUUCAAGCGCUGGAAAUCAGAGGGCCAUGGAGAAGAUUCCAGUUCUGGCGAUUCUGAUACUGAUGCAGACACAGAGGAUGGAGACCAGGGUCCAAUCUGGACAUUCCCACCAACUAUUCGCCCUAACUCCUUGAGCAAGCUGCACAAAGGAAUGGCUCUUCAUGGUUCCCAGAAGCCUACUGAGCCCAUCAAGAGGCAACCGCGGUCACAGUGUCUCUCCACGCUUGUUCACCCAGUUUUUGGGGAGCUUAAAGAUAAGCACAAGCAGACUGGAGGCAAUGUGGGAGCUAUGGAGGAGCUGGAGAACGCCUUUAGCUUGGCUGAGGAGUCCUGCCCAGGCAUCUCUGACAAACUGAUAGCACACAUGGUGGAACGGGUACAAAGGUUUUCACACAGUCGGAACCACCUGACCUCUGCCCGCUGACACCAACAUUCCCUGCUGCUGGUUUGAGGGGGGAAGGAUUUUUUCCAGCUUCAUAAGAACUACAUCUCUAAUCCAGACCACCAUCUGCUGUUGGAUGCAACAUUGUGUUACGGACUCCAGGACAUUUCAGAGCCUCCAUAGUACACGUUUUCAUGAUAACCCAGGGUGGGGUUUGCAAUGCAAGUACAAUUUAGACCUUUUGCAGAACCAGAGAUGGGUGGUCUAAUUGUUUUUACAAUGUAAUCAAUGCAGUUUUUAAUUGUUUCCCUAUGGAUGUAUCCAUUUUGGCUUGGUUUGAUUCACAGCUUGUUACUGGUAAAUGCCCAGCUGCUGGAAAAAGAGGGAGAUUCUCUUCCAUUAAGGUAUAUUUCAAAGGUGAGUCCAAUGGUUUUAGCCUCCUGAGCUUCCUAAAAAAGUGUUUGUGAGCAGUAAUGUGUAUGUGCAGGUAUGUUUGGAAGCUCUUCAUGCAUGGAAAAUUUCUGUGCCUCUGGAAGUUUGAGCAGCUUUCCAGUUGUUCUGGAGGUUUGCUUCAGUUCCUUCACACACUAGUAGUGAAACGCUGUCAAGUACAGCAGCAGCUGAGCUAAUGCACUGCUGCUCUUUCCCAGCGUGUCCUUUCACAGGAGCAUGGGUUUGCUGACUGUACUUUUUUUGGCUCUGGGACACAUUUUAUAUUAGGCUUCGGUUCACCUCAUUCAGGCAACAGCAGAACUUGCCUUGGGUCUGCAGGGACUGGAAGGCAAAGUGGUUACAUUUGGUUUGGGAGCUUGUGGAGUUCCUUUUCUUGGUGCUUUCUGCAACUUGAAGCAACUAGAUACACAGUCCUAAGUCUCUAAGCAGAGCAGACACCCUCUGUGCAUGCACAGAUGUUGCAGAAGGGUUAAAAAAAGGGUGCAGGAGGGGACACAACUGCCAAAGAUGCUGACAGGGCAUCAGUUCAGAAGGCAGCUUGCCACUGAGGCAAGAAACCUGUCCUCUGCAAGAAGGUAUCAGUUGGAUGGCUAAGCAGCAAUGGUAUCCGUGUGGUUGGGGGUUCACAAAUGCUUCCAUCAACUUUCUCUUCUCAGCUUUCCCUUUCUGGCUGUUCUUCAGUUUGGGAUUGGAACUUGCUGAAGCCAGGGCUGUGCUUCAGUUGCCAAGCUGUGGUGGUGUUUGCUAGCGGAGAAAUCAAAGCAUCGACAGCCGUAUUGGCUGCUUAAGGUAUUCCAGUGGAGCCAUCCCUAACUAGCUUUGCAUUCUGUAUAAUACUAGUUUAUAACAAACACAGAUCUUUAAUCCAAGUAAAUGCACAGAUCUUAAAGCUAUGGUAAAGGUCUAGAAAAUAGACUUAGGAACAUAACUUUGAUAGCUGUUUGCCUAGAGAUCUGCUCUGAUUGUCAAGAUAUUCCCAUUAGGUCAGCAGGACCUUAGCUAUCCAGAUCUUUGUUUGGGUGUCUGGGUGUGAAUGAUGUGGCUCUCCCAGAGCCACUGAGAAUAAAAGCUGUAGCUGGUCAGCAGUUUUUAAAGAUAGGCCACUUUGUUAGGAACAAGACGUGAGUUUUGGUACUUUGAUUCAGACCUGCAGAUUGUAAGGGCUGGGCUAAAAGUAGCUCAAAAAGACCCUACAUUCCCUAGCCCCAGUGCGUGGCGUUCACUUUAGCUUAUGACUAUCCUUUACUCUUCAUCUCUGAUCCAUAAGUACAGGCUCAGCAAACACUAUGAACAGGUCCAGUAGAGAAGAGGUGCUGCUGUUUGAUCUUGCUGGAGCUCUGCUGCAGCGUGGUGUUUCUCUGGGGUGAGAGCCAUCUCAGAGCCUGCAUUUAUGAAGAACAGACCAAACCCAUUUUUUCCUCAGGAGAAGGAGUUAACAUGGAAAACAGGAGUUACUGAGGUGGAAGGCAGAGGCUGCAGCCCAGCAGAAAGGCAGCUGAAGGGCUCCUGCUGCUUUUGAAGUUGCUGUUUCAUGACGGUAGCAAAUCAUGUCAAUAAGGUACCUUGUAGUAUUACUCACAUGCACUGCCGUGUAAUGAGUAAACUUUUUAAAGGAAACAAUCCCCACAGACUUCGUCCAGUAGUCAAAGCAACAAUGGGUUUAGUUUUUAAAAACAUUGAAAGGGAUCUGCCACUUUCAAUAAAGUAAUGAAACAAA